AUGGGUCUCAUCAGCCUACCUAUAUGGGAGUCCCACAUAACCGUCCUAGGCCAGUCCCCGCGCCUGGGACGAACGGGAAUCCCGUACUGUGGUGACAUGCCGCCCGCCGUAUUCUGGGGGGCACACCACUCGAGGACCAUCACACCAAACGACCCUGGCAAGCGACCAACGGACACCGAUGCUCACGAACUGGAACUGUUGUUAAGGUUACGAGGAGGAGGAGAUGCUGAGGAGGCAGUGAUAGAGCCCUCCCCGAAAACUGCUCAUGGAGGAGAUGCAGUCAGCGAGGAGGAGGCGGGCACCCCGUCCUCACCUGGGCUUGCCCUGCCCUCGCCUAGGCCCGUCCCGGCAGGGGGUCUCCCCGCCGACACCGGCGACUCGGAAGGAUCGGUGGACAUGGGUCCCCCGAGGGCACUGGAGGAGCCCUCGACCACAGACAUGGGCCUGAAGUUCUGGGCCACGAGACCCGACAAGCGGCCCGCGGAUGAUAUAGCGCUGUCUUCCGGGUCAGAGAGCGACGCAGGAGCCGUGGCACCGCUGACCGGCACUGCCAAAAGCGGCAAGAAAGCUAAAGCGGGGAGGCGCCAAAGCGGCCCUAAAGACAGGACGGACCCGCUGGGCCAGGCACCCAUCGUCCUGGUCGAGCGCUUGCCGCUUAGCUCCAUCUCGCACUUACCGCAGCAGGAGACGGAAGUGACCGAGACCAGCCCCAACUCCUUCAACGCGGGUGCCGAGUCGGACUCAGCGCGGAGCGGGGCUCGACGCACGACGCGGGACUUGCCCAGGCGAAGCGGGAGCUUCACCGCCUCAGGCGAGAGGAGCUCCAGCGCAAGACGGGGCGGACAACAGUGCGGCGUCGCUCCACCAAAGGGUGAAAAACAGCCUCAAGACGGUGGAGUUGGUGGCCACUGGGUCCGCCAACCUAAAGGGGACAUUUGUACGGGCCCUCAAGGUGGCUGUCGCGUCAAUCGGGGAAGCGGUCGAAGACCUGAAGGAGCUUACUUCCUCCGAAGAGACGCGACGGCUGCAAAGGCAGAAUGCCAAACUGAGGGCGGAGGUUGGGGACCUGCGCUCCGAAGUGGAGGAGCUGAAGGCGGAGCUCCGGGCACACUUCAAGAAGCAGGCCCCACCCCUUCCCAACCGAAAGAGGCACCACAGCCCGUCACUGUCCCCCCAGGACGUUCCGAUGUGGACGAGCUGGUCGGAGCAGUCGCGGCCAGGGUAGGGCGGAUGCUCGACGAGAGGCUCGGAGCUCUCGAACGCGACGGCAGGCUUUUGCCAGGUAAAACUGGGCAGCCCCACUGGCUGCAGACAGGGGACGACAGGCCGCGCAAACGGCCACAGGGGGAAAACGGGAGGGUCAGCGCCUACCCGGGGUCCCCCAAACUACACCGUCGAACCCCAAAAGGGCGAAAAAAGGGCGACAAAAAGAAAGCCAAGGGUAAAGGCAAGGGUAAGAAGAGCGCGCCGAAACCGUCAGCGAAGGCCACCGCCACCGAGAGUCCUCUUCCACCCGCUGCCGAACCCCCCCGGCCAGCGGCCGCCACAUCCACUGACGAGGGCUGGAAGGUGGCGGUCGGCGGCAGAAAAAAGAGGAGGAAAGCAGCAGCAGCGACCAGGGCAAGGGCGCCCCAGCCGGUACCGCAGCGGGCGAAACCCAAAGCCCGGAGACUUCGCCCUCCUCGCUCGGCAGCUGUGGUGCUAACCCUACAGCCGGAGGCCAUUGAAAGCGGGGUCAACUACGCCCAGGUGCUCUCCAGGGCAAAGGAGACAGUUAACCUGGAGCAGUUCGGCAUCACCGCCUUGAGAUUUAAGCGGGCAGCCGCUGGCGGCAGGGUACUGGAAAUUCCAGGUGCUGCCAGCGGCGAGAAGGCUGACCUGCUGGCCGAAGCGCUAACCGAAAAGCUGGGGAGCGAUGUCGUCAGAGUCUCCAGGCCGGUGAAGUGCGCGGAGCUGCGAGUCACCGAACUCGACGACUCAGUGUCCCCUGGCGAGGUGGUCGCUUCGGUCGCUAAGGUCGGCGGCUGUUCAGAGGGCCAGAUCAAGGCUGGAGAGGUAAGGCAGGAUGCCUCCGGCCUCGGCACGAUCUGGCUUCGCUGCCCAGUCGUCGUAGCCAAGAAGGUGGUGGAGGCCGAUCGAGGGCGACUCCAGGUAGGGUGGGUCCGGGCAGCGGUAAAACUGCUGGAUCAGCGUCCCAUACGGUGCUUUAAAUGCCUCGAAACGGGGCACGUGCGGGCAAACUGCACCAACGACGCUGAUCUCAGCGACGCCUGCUACCGCUGCGGCAAGCCCGGCCACAAAGCGGCUGCCUGCUCGGAGGAGCCACGCUGCGCCAAGCGUGCCUAA